AUGGUGAUGCAGAUGCAUGGCAUCAUAUCUUGUGGCCAUGGAAGCCCUGGCGAAGAUGAAUCUGAUUCCAGUGACCUUUCUCGCUUCAAGAAAUCUCUGCAAGAGCUCAAGGAUUUGCGCUCUCAGCUCCAUUAUGCUGCAGAUUACUGCGAAAGGUCAUUCUUGAAACCUAACGCGAAGAAAUUGGGGAUGGAGAAUACAAAGGAGUAUAUUUGCAGGGCUGUAGUUACUGUUGUUGAUCACCUGGGAAGUGUCUCCACGAAUCUUGAAUUUAGGCUUUCAAAGAGUAAUGUGGUUCCAGAGGUAGAACUUCGCAUUGAUUGUUUAAAACAGAGGCUUCUUGCAUGUGAAAAAUAUGCUCACAAGGUGGCUCUAACCAAAGUAUGCUACAGAGCAGACUUUCCAAGGCAUCAUUCACAUUAUAUUGCACCAUCUCUACCAAAUCUUGAGAAAUCGAAUGAUGAAUCGAGAAUUAUGGCUAAUCAUGGUAGUGAGGAUGAUUAUUUGCCGCUUUUAUUAUACACACAUGCACAUGAGCUACCUUCAACUACAGUUUCAUCAUCAGGAUUUGAUUUCUCUACAUUAGUGCCAGUUCAGAAUGUCCCUCCCAUGCCUUGGAAACCUCAAACUCCUUUUCAUUUCCAGAGUACUCAAAAGCUUCGACCCAAAGAGAGGGCUAGAAAAUCAAGGCAUAGCAAUGACUUCUUAUUUCUCCUUCGGCGGAGUAAACGAGCCAUGCAAAGAACAUUUCAGUAAUGUGUUAUCCUUCCUUGUCUACAACAUAUGAGUUCUGUGCCUCUUCUUCUCAUCUUAAUUCCUUGU